AUGGUGCUGCUGUUCCAGCGCAAGGACUCGGUGCUGAGCGAGGAGUCGAAGCGGUUUCUCAACUCGCUGCCCUCGACGUUCAUCAACCUGUUCCGCAAGCGGCGUCAGCUGCUGCCCGUGUGGAGCUCGCACAAGUACUGCGCCAUGAUCAAGUCCACGUACCUCGUCUACUACCGAGCCACCAAGCCGGAAGACGCCGGGGUGCCCGGAUUCUGGCAGCAGCACACGCUCAAGUACCUGAACCUGCAGAACUGCAAGAUCAAGCUUAUCGACGACGACUCGGCCGGCUACGUGUUCUGCAUCACGCCCGAGUCCGGCAAGGGCGCGAUAUACUUCGCCGCCGACACGGACAAGGACCGCGCCAAGUUCGCAGCUCAGGCCGCUGCAGUACAGCACCGACUGCCGUCUCUGAGCGAGUUCACGACGCUCAAGCUGCUCGGUCGCGGCCACUACGGACGCGUGAUCUUGGCGUCGUACGCCGCUGACCAGCAGCUGUACGCCAUCAAGGAGAUGAAGCUGGGCCAGGUGAAGGCGAAGGUGGUGUUCGCUGAGCGCUCGGUCAUGGAGUGGGUGGGCGACCACCCGUUCGUGAUGGGGCUGGACUACGCACUGGCCCGGGGUCGCUCGGUGUUCCUCAUCUCCAAGUUCAUGCAGGGAGGCGACCUCUUCCUGCACAUGCAGAACAGCGGCGGCAGCUUCAAGGAGGACGCCGUGCGCUUCUACGCCGCUGAGCUGCUGCUGGCGCUCGAGCACAUGCACAACAUGUGCAUCCUGCACCGCGACAUCAAGCCCGAGAACGUGCUGCUGGACAGCGAGGGGCACAUCAAGCUGGCGGACAUGGGGCUGGCCAAGCGCUUGGAGUCGAAGGCUGGACGCACCAAGACAAUGUGCGGCACGGACACGUAUCUGCCGCCGGAGAUGGUGGGCCGCUACCCUGGCGGUCACGGCUUGCCCGUCGACUUGUGGCAGUUCGGCUGCAUCCUCUUCGAGCUGCGAGCCGGGUAUCCGCCGUUCUACCUGCCCCAGUCCAGCCAGAAGAGCACGCACCAGCGGAUCCUGUACCAACCGGUGCGCUACCCGAACAACAUGUCGCCCGAGCUCAAGAGUUUGCUGGUGGCGUUGCUCGAGAAGCGUCAGGACGACCGACUGGGCGCCCGUGGGGGGAUCGCAGACAUCAAGGCGCACGAGUUCUUCGCCGGCAUUGACUGGGACCAAGUGUUGAAGCGUCAGCUCAAGCCGCCACUUGUGCCGGGCCCUGCAGGUGAGAACCUCGUGGCCAACUUCGACCCGCACUUCACGGAGCAACCGCACACAAUCUACGCGCCCGAGGAGAUCGCGAGCUGCUUUGAACGGGACUUCGCUGGCUUCGACUACGUGCGUCAGCUGAGUGCAGGAGCUGCUGCUAGCACUGGUCGCCCUGCUGCGAAGAUGUCGGCGUCGUCGGCGUCGACUGUGUCGAGUCGUUCGAGCUUCAAGGAUGGCAUUGAUGACUUCGAGGCCAGCGCAUCGCCUGCCAACCAAGACCAGCAGUGUGAAGACGACAAGCCGGAGUUGGAACUCGAGGCGGAGCUUGAGGUCGACUCGGUUCGGAUCAAGAUCUGA